AUGGCUGCAACUAUCCCUCUUCUCUUCGUCUACGCUGGCCUGGCGGCGCUCAUUCUGGGGCGCGCACUGGUGCUUGUGGGCCGGUAUAUUCGCAACCGUGCUCUUCGUCGGGAGACUUGUCUGCAGGAGUUUGAGUCGUUGGGACUGCCGAGGCGAGGCCGUAAAAUUGAGGGUACCGCUGUAAUAUGCGGCGGAAGUUAUUCCGGCCUUCUCGCAGCGCGGGUCUGCCACGACCACUUCGAGCGCGUCGUAAUCAUCGAGCCGGAGGAGUGGCUCAGCACCGACGAGGGUCGCUCGACGGCGGCGUGGACGCAGACCAGCCAACGCAGCCGCAUCAUGCAGUAUUUUUGCAUCUCUCCAGCCACCCAAGUAUCCACCUUCCUGGGUCUGCAGCGACUCUACGACAACUUCAUCGCCGAGAGCAGAGCGUCAGACAUCCACAUCGGCCCCGCCAUGCUCAAGGCCGACUUCUGGGGCAACAUUAUGAAGCUCGACCCCAACGACCUUCCCAACAACACGCACGCCUCUCGACAGGCGCAGGAGACCCUCAUCCGCCGCCUCACGCUCGACAAAAAGCGCUUCCCGAAUAUUCAGCAGAUUUCGGGGUUGGUCGUCGGAUUGCAGCGCCAUGCGUACGGUGUGCAAGGCCACUCGAGCGUGCAGACUGUGGCCGUCAGGAUAGGCAACGAUGUCGUGAACGUGCCAGGAGCGCUUUUUGUUGAUUGCACUGGCUCCUCGCAUGGCCUCAAGUGGCUCGCGCGAGCGGGGUAUGGACAGGUCCUCCCGCCUCGCGCGCUGCCACUGAGGGACAUCAUCGUCACCUAUGAUCCUAAGGCGCGCUUCAGCGCUUUGACGUUCCCUGUUUCCGCGGCUCUGCGUGCUCGCCUCAAUGCCUUCCUCCCGCCACGAACGUCGGCGACCAUAUACGCCUGCUUGGCGAAUCCGGAGAAACAGAAUACGAGUGUGUACGCCGUCGAGCGGGACGGAGGGAUGGUGAUGCUCUGCGCUGGUGCGUGGGGCGACAUCGAGUUGCCUACGACGCUCGACGAGUUCAUCGCGUUCACCAAAAGCCGGUGGAUGGAAAGGCCUUACCCGGCUUUCUUCCUUCGACUGCUCGACGAGUUGAGGGUCGCGGAGCCUGGGAUGACCUGCUGUAAAUGCAACACCGGCCCACGCACGUAUACCCAGUAUCAUAAAGCAGGUGACCUGCCGUCCAAUUGGAUAGCCAUCGGCGACAGUGUCAUGACUCUAAAUCCGAUUUUUGGCCAAGGUCUUACAAAGGUUCUCGCGGGCGCCGUUUGCCUCGACUCUGCCCUCCGAAAGCUUGACAAGACCGUCCACUUUCAUGAAAUAGAAAAGGAUGUAACCCCACCUACCAUUCUACCCCAUGACUUGGCCACACACUUCUUCGCCGCGCAGGCUACCAAAAUCGAGCACAUGUGGGAGAGCACCAAAAUAGCGGAUUACGGCUUCGAAAAAACAGUUCCGAUGGAGGGAGAGACUCUUUCCACCGGCCGCCUCAGCCGCUGGUACGAGAAGAGGCUGAAGUAUCUGUCGACAGAGGACGGCGACGUCGCCAUGGCCAUCUUCCGCGUCAGCCAGUCGCUCUCACCGGCGAUUGACCUCAUUCACCCAUCUAUCCUGCUCAAGAUCGUAUGGAGCACACUCAAGGACCCACACCUGUAAUCUUUCGUCAGUUCGCUGACCCUCCGAUGAUCCUCGAGCUCGUAUACUCGACGGUCCCGUCAAAGAGUAGUAUUACUUAUCAGUACUAAUCACUACCCUCGUAAUGAUAUUCUACCUUAGAAAGGGCAUAAUCAACCGCC